AUGCCCCCAAAUGCGGCCGCUCAAAAGCAGACUGUCGGCACGAGAAAUGCGAACGGGAACAUCCAGUCGGCCCAAUCCCGAGCCCCGGCCGGAAGCUACAGCACGCGAAAAUCCGAACGCUCGCAUAAACACCUCAUAUCUUCGCUUCACCGCAUCGGCAGACCAGGACCGCGACCGCUGACAACCAUGGCCUUCCCCGGAGCCCCAGAGCUGAUAUUCGGCUGCGGCGGCCUCGGCAAUGGAUUUGUCGGCGAGGAGGCCGUGAAAGAGCUCCUGAAAACCCUCAAGGAGGCGGGUACAUUGGCGCUUCGCAGCGUCUCCUUGGACAAGUCGAGCAGCACAACUAGGAUUCGCUAUCGACACGUCGACAUGCUUGCCGACUUCAUCGACAUCUGUGAGCACGAGGGCUAUGUGAAGCCGACCGUGUACCAAGGCUUGUAUAAUCUCAUCGACCGCCGACCCGAAGUACCAGGGCUCGAUGCCGUCGUCCGCACGCAUGGCAUGCAGUUUGUGGCACACAGCCCGCAUGCCAGCGACUUCCUGCACGGUGCACUCACGUCGGGCCAAACCAGAGGACGCGCUUUGCCGACAAAUGUUACACGGGCCAACUGGUGGAAGCUGAAGAAAACCCAUGAUGGUUACACAAAACUCACCAGUGUAGUGAAAUCAAGUAAUCCCUAUGGAAAAGCUUUUGAAACACACUCCUUCGGGAUCAUAACGGCGCGAUACAUGCUGCAACUUCUGGACAUUCUCUGCGCCAAAACCGGUGAGCGCAUUCUGGGACGCGCCAGCGAACGUGGGAAGCAAAAGAUCCAAAAGAAGCUCACAAUUGACGGCCAGCUUCUUGGAUCGCUGCAGAGCUGCGUCUCAAGCGUUCCGCACAGCCUCAUCGUUUUGGUCCUGCUUCCAGUCACAAGCUUAAAUCCAGCCAAGAAGAGCGACAUUAGUCCGACAUAUAUUACUACCGGUGCUACAAGAAUUGGCGAGCACACAAGACUACGGCACUUUUUCCAGUCCUAA